CGCGGGGCAAGAACAGCGCCCUGAAACUGGAAUCAGAGGGAGGAGGAGGAGGAGGAGAAAGGGUCUGCCUUGGCUUGCAUUUGGAUGGGUGACUACUCGUGAGCACUGUAAGAUCUUCCCCUGAGGGGAUGGGGCCGUAGCUCAGUGGCAGAGCAUCUGCCUUGCCUGCGGAAGGUCCUGGGUUCAAUCCCUGGCAGCAUCUCCAGUCCGCUUCGGGCACCAUGAGGCUCUCCCUCCUCCGUGCUAUGGCGGAGAAGCUCAAGCUGCCCCCAAACUACCGUUACGGCAUGAACCGGCCUGGGUCGAUGGCUGACAAAAUUCGGAACCCUCCGGGGCUCAGGCGCAAGAAGGUGUUUGUGGAGCCGAUCCGGGAAGAGGACUGGAAGGUAUUCCAGGGCGAUACGGUCCAGAUCCUAGCAGGGAAAGAUGUCGGCAAGCAAGGGCUCGUUUCCCAGGUCAUCAGGCAGCGGAACUGGGUUGUCUUGGAGGGCUUGAACGUGCAUUACCGCUAUGUGGACAAAUCCGGCAUCUACCCUGGGGCGUACCUGGCUAGUGAAGCCCCACUGUUGGUGCGGCAGGUAGCGCUGAUCGACCCCACGGACAGGCAGCCCACCGAAGUCGAAUGGCGCUACACUGAGGAGGGCGAGCGAGUGCGCGUCUCCCUCAGGACCGGCAGGAUCAUCCCGAAGCCAGUUGAACAGAGGGAGGACGGCAUUAUUCCAGAGCAGUGGACAGAUGGCCCCAAGGACACGUCGGUGGAGGAUGCCUUGGAGAAGACCUACACGCCCGCCCUGAAGACGUUUCAAGAGGAGAUUAUGGAACUGAAGGGAAUCGUGGAGACCCGCAGUUUCAGAAAGUCUUAUUGGUAUUAACAUCCCUGUCGCCGCUUGGACUGUGCUUAGCUUCCUGGUCUUGGAAAGACCCUCGGCCUGCCUUGGGAUCUGAGCAGGGCCCCUUCAACCUUGGAUCCAUGGUCGGGCUCACGCCCAAUACAGAGCCCCAGACCGGCACAGCUACGCUUAUAAAGGAUUUUCGGUGGGGAAA